AAUUCAAGCACAGUGUGGAAUCGUUGUGAGGGGACAAGACCGGUAACUUGGAGUCCACGGAUCCACGGACUGGUCAUUCACCUUCAGCCGUUUACAAAUCCACCUAUUCAUUCAACAAUUAAUGAUGUUGAAAGUGACAUUAGGCCUCGCUCUGGUGACUCUGGUUGCGUGCUUGCAGUGCCCCAACAAUGAAGUGUGUGAGGCAGGCCAGACAUGCUGCCAGGAUCCCACCGGAGAGUUCAGCUGCUGCCCUUUCCAUCAUGGAGAGUGUUGUGAGGACCACCUGCACUGCUGUCCUGAAGACAUGUUGUGCAGUGUUAUGGACUCCAUGUGUAUAAACGCCACACAUACACUGCUGUUUGUGGAGAGGACACCGGCUAAAUGGACAGACCUUCCCAAAUCAUUCAGAAUGAUUCCCUCAUUACCUGCAAGUGAAGAUGACAUCACCUGUCCCGAUGGCUCCUUCUGUCCUGCUGAGUUCUCCUGUCUGCUGAUGGCUUCUUCAUAUGGGUGCUGUCCUGUAGCACAGGGCCUUGUGUGCUCAGACGGGAAACACUGCUGCGCAAAAGACCAUGAAUGCAGUGUAGACAGCAAUUCCUGUGUCAAACUAAAAGAACCAGCUGAAGCUGUUCUUUGUGGAAAUGGGACCUCAGAGUGCCCCGUGGACACCACAUGUUGUGGGACAGAAGAUGGUCAGUGGGCAUGCUGUCCCCUGCCAAAGGCUGUAUGUUGUGACGAUAAAAUCCACUGUUGUCCAGAGGACAGUGUCUGUGAUGUUGAAGGCUCCAAAUGCAUGUCCUCCACCAAUCAGGAGCUGCCUAUGUGGGCCAAAUUCCCUGCUCGUCUUAGAGCUGAAUGGGAAGAUCACAAAUCUGCAGAAAGGAGGACUGAAGCUGAACUCACUACUGCCAGACGAAUCACUACUGCUGGCAAGCAAAUUACUACAUUGCCUGGUGCACUACCAAAAACCUCUGAUGUUCCCUGCGAUGACACUGCGGCCUGUCCUGAUGGAAACACAUGCUGCAAGUCUCAAGAAGGAGGAUGGGCCUGCUGUCCACUGCCUGAAGCUGUGUGUUGUGACGACUUCAUCCACUGCUGUCCUCAUGGUCAGAAAUGUAACACAGCUGCUGGGACGUGUGAGGACUCUUCAGGAUCUCAGCCUUGGUUUGAGAAGCUGCCUGUCAAACUGAUCAGCAGUCAGAAUGUGGCUGUAACACAAGUGCAUUCAGAUGUUCCCUGCAAUGACACUGCGGCCUGUCCUGAUGGAAACACAUGCUGCAAGACUCAAGAAGGAGAAUGGGCCUGCUGUCCACUGCCUGAGGCUGUGUGUUGUGACGACUUCACCCACUGCUGUCCUCAUGGUCAGAAAUGUAACACAGCUGCUGGGACGUGUGAGGACUCUUCAGGAUCUCAGCCUUGGUUUGAGAAGCUGCCUGUCAAACUGAUCAGCAGUCAGAAUGUGGCUGUAACACAAGUGCAUUCAGAUGUUCCCUGCAAUGACACUGCGGCCUGUCCUGAUGGAAACACAUGCUGCAAGACUCAAGAAGGAGAAUGGGCCUGCUGUCCACUGCCUGAGGCUGUGUGUUGUGACGACUUCACCCACUGCUGUCCUCAUGGUCAGAAAUGUAAUACAGCUGCUGGGACGUGUGAGGACACUUCAGGAUCUCAGCCUUGGUUUGAGAAGCUGCCUGUCAAACUGAUCAGCAGUCAGAAUGUGGCUGUAACACAAGAUGUUCCCUGCAAUGACACUGCGGCCUGUCCUGAUGGAAACACAUGCUGCAAGACUCAAGAAGGAGAAUGGGCCUGCUGUCCACUGCCUGAGGCUGUGUGUUGUGACGACUUCACCCACUGCUGUCCUCAUGGUCAGAAAUGUAACACAGCUGCUGGGACGUGUGAGGACUCUUCAGGAUCUCAGCCUUGGUUUGAGAAGCUGCCUGUCAAACUGAUCAGCAGUCAGAAUGUGGCUGUAACACAAGUGCAUUCAGAUGUUCCCUGCAAUGACACUGCGGCCUGUCCUGAUGGAAACACAUGCUGCAAGACUCAAGAAGGAGAAUGGGCCUGCUGUCCACUGCCUGAGGCUGUGUGUUGUGACGACUUCACCCACUGCUGUCCUCAUGGUCAGAAAUGUAACACAGCUGCUGGGACGUGUGAGGACUCUUCAGGAUAUCAGCCUUGGUUUGAGAAGCUGCCUGUCAAACUGAUCAGCAGUCAGAAUGUGGCUGUAACACAAGUGCAUUCAGAUGUUCCCUGCAAUGACACUGCGGCCUGUCCUGAUGGAAACACAUGCUGCAAGACUCAAGAAGGAGAAUGGGCCUGCUGUCCACUGCCUGAGGCUGUGUGUUGUGACGACUUCACCCACUGCUGUCCUCAUGGUCAGAAAUGUAACACAGCUGCUGGGACGUGUGAGGACUCUUCAGGAUCUCAGCCUUGGUUUGAGAAGCUGCCUGUCAAACUGAUCAGCAGUCAGAAUGUGGCUGUAACACAAGUGCAUUCAGAUGUUCCCUGCAAUGACACUGCGGCCUGUCCUGAUGGAAACACAUGCUGCAAGACUCAAGAAGGAGAAUGGGCCUGCUGUCCACUGCCUGAGGCUGUGUGUUGUGACGACUUCACCCACUGCUGUCCUCAUGGUCAGAAAUGUAACACAGCUGCUGGGACGUGUGAGGACUCUUCAGGAUCUCAGCCUUGGUUUGAGAAGCUGCCUGUCAAACUAAUCAGCAGUCAGAAUGUGGCUGUAACACAAGAUGUUCCCUGCAAUGACACUGCGGCCUGUCCUGAUGGAAACACAUGCUGCAAGACUCAAGAAGGAGAAUGGGCCUGCUGUCCACUGCCUGAGGCUGUGUGUUGUGACGACUUCACCCACUGCUGUCCUCAUGGUCAGAAAUGUAACACAGCUGCUGGGACGUGUGAGGACUCUUCAGGAUCUCAGCCUUGGUUUGAGAAGCUGCCUGUCAAACUGAUCAGCAGUCAGAAUGUGGCUGUAACACAAGAUGUUCCCUGCAAUGACACUGCGGCCUGUCCUGAUGGAAACACAUGCUGCAAGACUCAAGAAGGAGAAUGGGCCUGCUGUCCACUGCCUGAGGCUGUGUGUUGUGACGACUUCACCCACUGCUGUCCUCAUGGUCAGAAAUGUAACACAGCUGCUGGGACGUGUGAGGACUCUUCAGGAUCUCAGCCUUGGUUUGAGAAGCUGCCUGUCAAACUGAUCAGCAGUCAGAAUGUGGCUGUAACACAAGAUGUUACCUGUGAUAGCUCCAAAUCUUGUCCAGAUGGAAACACAUGCUGUAAGACAAAAGAAGGAGAAUGGGCCUGCUGUCCUCUUCCUGAGGCUGUGUGUUGUGAAGACUUCAUUCACUGCUGUCCUCAUGGUACGACAUGUAACGUUGCUGCUGGGUCUUGUGAUGAACCUUCAGGAUCUCAGCCUUGGUCCGAGAAGCUGCCUGCUCUACCUAGAGCAGGUCAGAGGUCACAUGGGAACGUGAACUGCGACUCUAGUCACGUUUGUCCAGAUUCCAACACUUGCUGUAAGAACAUUGAUGGAGACUGGGGCUGCUGUCCUUUGCCUGAGGCUGUGUGUUGUAAGGAUCAUUUCCACUGCUGUCCACACGGCACCACUUGUGACUUUGUAACACUCACCUGCACUAGCAACACCACAUCUGUAGCUAUGACUGACAUUAACCAACCCUCAACUAAGGAGGAACAGAAACAGCACAGGGAAGUGAAAGACAGAGUGGGGAAGUACAAUAGCAGGGUCCCGUGUGAUUCACAAACUUCCUGUCCAGAUUACACUACUUGCUGUCUUAUUGCAAAAACCAACAAAUGGGGCUGUUGCCCUCUGCCUAAUGCUGUAUGUUGCACAGAUGGGGAACACUGUUGUCCGGCUAACUAUAAGUGUGAUGUGACCAGGGUGUCUUGCAUCAGGGGAGAUGUGGUGAUCCCCUGGUACAAUAAAAUGUCUGCUCAAAGCACACCGGCACCAAGCUUGGAUCUCGGUGCUGUUGAGUGCGAUGAGCAGAUGAGUUGCUCUGCAGACUCGACCUGCUGCCAUCUGUCCACGGGAGAAUGGGGCUGCUGCCCUCUUCCUGAGGCUGUUUGCUGCCCAGACCAGGAGCACUGCUGUCCCAAAGGCUACAGGUGUGACCUGCGUAGACGCUCCUGCAUAAAAACCAGCUGGCUGCAUGUGGAAAAAGUCCCACUUGCCCACAUUGAUGACCAAAAGUCACAGUCGAGCGUCACAGAAAAUGACAUUCAAUGUGGAGGUGGACAUAGUUGCAAAGAUAGUGAGACCUGUUGUCCAACCUCCAAGACCACCUGGGGCUGUUGCCCAUCUCCAAAGGCCGUGUGCUGUGAUGAUAUGAAACACUGCUGCCCUGCUGGAUACAAAUGUGGCGCUGGGGGAACUUGUACUUCAGCUCUAGGCUUUGACUGGAACAACUGGGACAACUGGAGGGUGUUCUUCUCCAAAAAUAAACGGGCUAUUACUCUGUAAAAAAAAAAAAGGGAUUUAUAAAAAUGUUACAUUUAUCAAAGUACUAAUUAAAGCUAAUCAGACAGUUUACUGCAAAGGUUGAUUUUGUGCAGUUUCAUUAGAGCUGACUAUGAUGGUUAAUAUGUUUCCAUUGUCUAUCAGUAAAACUACAUUUUAUCCACUAAGCCAUUUGUACAUUUUAAGAAGGUGUCAUUAUUGUAAAGUGUACAUUGUUCAUAGUUCCCUGCUCAGUUUUAUCUAAAGAAUAAUUUGACUAUGGAAGGAUGGAAAGAUGUAACACAUAUUGAAGCAUAGAUGACCUCUAGUGGUUGGAUUUAAUUCAUUAUAACUUGGCAUGUACAAAUAAAUACCACAGGCCUCAAAGAUUUAUAGGUUACAUUUAUUCAGACUUGACAUCAUGCAGUCUUGUGAUUAUGACAGAUUUGCCCAGGAUAAGGAAACAUAUUAAAUGAAUCUCUUCAGAUAGCAAACAUCACCUUUUCUGUGUAACUUCCUUAUUUCAGGAUCUUGAUCUUUACCAUGAUUUGUAUAAUUGUCCUUUUUUGUUAUUGGUUUAAAUACUGGUUAUAUUGAUUGAGAACUGUGACAGAUGACAAAAAGUUUUCUGAAGUAAAAAUGUGGCCAAUCUGAAACCUUGUCAGCUCUAAAAGAGAAAUAAAAGAGAGAUAAAAGGAAA